AUGUUACCCAAGAUUAACACGCACAGGAACUACCUUUCGGCGAUUGGUAAAACAAAAAAUAUUGAGCUUCUGUCUUCGAAACGUCUCGCUAAUAAUGGCACUUUCUCCAAGGCAAUUGUGGAUAGAAACGAUCGUUCUGAAUUGGCAUUUAUUCCAACUUUUGAUGAAAGUGAUUUUCACCACGGUGGUAAUAAACGUGUUGAGUCAUCCCAUUUCCUACCAAUGUUGCGUCUACUAAAUGCAAGCGCAACUGCUAUAACUGAUGACGAUCUCAAGGAACUUGCCAAUAAUCGUGGUUUGCAUAAAGUUGUCUUGGAGGAUUGCCACAACCUAAUUGAUGUGAGUUCAUUGUCUUAUAUUUCCACACUGGAAGAAAUUCAUCUUCGUGGUUGUUCGAAGGUCUCAUCUAUUGGUGGUAUUGGGCGACUUCCUAUGCUUUGGCUACUGGAUUUAAGUCAGACUGCGGUGACAGCCAAUGAUUUGAAAGGUCUUCGUGAAAGCAGAAGUUUGGUGAAAAUCCGUCUUGAUGACUGUAAGAAUCUUAAUGCAGUAAACUGUUUGUCAUGUAUCACGUCUGUUGAAGAAAUUUAUAUUCGUGGGUGCAAAAACGUAAAGCAUAUUGGAAGUUUGGGAUUGCUUUCGACAUUGCACACACUUGAUGUCAGCAAAAUGCCAAUAACCAAUAAGGGUUUGCUUGGGAUUGGCGCGAGUUGUGGUCUGGAAAGAAUUUUUUUGGGGGACUGCAAACUGCUGUCAAAUGUAUCCACUCUCUCUUCUAUACGAACACUCAGGGAGAUUUCUCUCAGCGGAUGCGUACGGCUAGAAAGCGUUGGCGUUUUGGGUGUACUUCCAUCACUUUGUGUGCUUGAUGUAAGUAAAACUUCUUUGACAGAUGAGGGACUAGAUGGUCUUUCUUUAAAUAAUAGUUUGAGGAAAAUUAUUCUUGAUGACUGCGUUCGAUUAACAAAUGUUUCUGAACUUUCUUUUAUUAAAAGCCUAAAGGAGAUUUACCUUACUGGAUGUAUCUCUAUAUCAGGCGUUGGCGUUUUGGGUGUACUUCCAUCACUUUGUGUGCUUGAUGUAAGCAAAACUUCUUUGACAGAUGAAGGACUAGAUGGUCUUUCUGUAAAUCGCAGCCUGGAGAAAAUUAUUCUUGAUGACUGUGCUCGAUUAACAAAUGUUUCUGAACUUUCUUCUAUUAUAUCUUUGAGGGACGUACGACUUCGUGGAUGUAACAAAAUGACAGGUAUUUCUGGUCUUGGCUCGCUUCCUGAAUUGCACUCACUUGAUCUAAGCAUGACUGCUGUGACAAGCAGAAGUCUAAGUGGUUUAGGGGUUUCUCCGAGCCUGUCAAAAAUUUUUCUUGAAGAUUGUUGGAAUUUGACAUCCGUGCACACACUUUUCAGUAUUUUGACACUGGAAGAAAUUUACCUUCGUGGAUGUAUCCGGGUGACCGAUGUGGGUGUUCUCGGCACGUUACCUGUGUUGUGCCUUCUUGAUGUAAGUAAGACUUCCGUGACGGACGAAGGGCUGGAUGGCCUGUCUGCUAGUCCUACAUUAAAGCGAAUUCUUCUUGAGGAUUGUACAAGAAUUACUACGCUUGCUGCUUUGGCCUCUAUUCAUACUAUUUCGGAGGUAAAUGUUUGCGGCUGUUCAGGUGUAAAAAGUUUUCUCUCAACUCCAUAG